UAAUUAUUACAAGGAUUUAAGUGGGGCAUAAAAAGCUUAGGAAUAAGGGAGACGAGGGAAGUAGCAUUUGGUCGGGUGGCGUCAAGCUAGGGGGGAUCUUAUUAUAGGCCAUGUUAAAAACGCGCCACAAUAUAAAUUUAGGAUGGGCGAAAUACUGAAAUAGUUGGAUGGUGGUCAAUAUAUUAUUUUAUAUAAUUAAUUGUGUAGCAGUAAAGUCAAUGUACAGAAGGCCGCCUGCUAACCAUCCAGGAGUUAUUAUUGUGAUUUACUUACCCUUUUAUCGAGGGGGGAGGGGGAACGCGUGGGAAGGCCGAUUGAUUAAAUGUCUGCCUGAAAAUCUAAUUCAGAACAGGGAGCUGCUGCUAGUUAUUCGGUUUCGGGGGGUGUAAUAUUAAGCGCAAAAGUUUUCCCAAACCAAAGAUUUCCAAAUCAGCGGGUCGCCUUCUUCUCUACUUCUUUUGCUUCCCCCCUCUCUCUCUCUCUCUCACGGAAAAAUCUUGUUUGCUUAUGUUGGAGAGCUAAUAAGUCAAUUGAGCACACACAAUGUACAAGAAUCAACUCCAGGAGCUUGCUCAAAGAAGUUGUUUCAAUCUCCCUUCAUACGCCUGCAUCAGAGAAGGCCCUGACCACGCCCCAAGAUUCAAAGCUUCCGUUAAUUUCAAUGGUGAGAUAUUCGAAAGCCCCACUUAUUCCACCACUUUGAGGCAGGCGGAGCACGCCGCCGCUGAGGUGGCUCUCAAUUCACUAUCUACCAGAGGCCCUUCAAGGUCUUUAACCGCAAGAGUUCUUGAUGAAACUGGAGUGUACAAGAAUCUUCUUCAGGAGACUGCUCAUAGAGCUGGCUUAAAACUUCCAAUAUACACCACAAUCAGAUCAGGCCCUGGUCAUUCACCAGUUUUCACUAGUACUGUAGAGCUUGCCGGCAUGAAUUUCACUGGUGAAUCAGCAAAGACUAAAAAACAAGCAGAGAAGAAUGCUGCAAUAGCUGCUUGGUCUGCAUUGAAAAGAAUGCCAAACUUGGGUUCUUUCACCCAGACUAGUAAAGAAACCGAGCAACGUGAAGAUCAGGACCAUGUAAUUGUGGCAAGGGUGCUUUCAACUCUUGGCCGCAGAGAGGAAAGCAGAGUGAUUAGAAGGAGGGAUCAGUAUCAACCAAGAGGACGGAUGCAGAGACCUCAUAGAGACAAUAAUCCCAACACUACUAGUGCCCAGCAACGACCGUGGGAUUUCAUGGAUCCAUUUCUGGAUCCUAGUUUACAAAGUUGUAAGCAAAAACCGAAUAGCUUUCUGUCUUUGCUACCUCCUCCCCCACCCAGAACUAUGUCCAAAAUCUUUCCUCCAAUUUUAUCAAAAGAAUGUCCACCACUCCACCAAUCAAUAACAAGUCUUGGCCCGCUGCAAGUAAUGGGAAGUUCACAAGUUAAAAUUCAAGAAACGCCAUCACCCCUGUUUGAUGAGCAUCAAAGGGAUGAUCUUGAAUGGAUUAGUAAGAUAUCAGAGGCAAUCAAGAACAAGUAUGGAGGAACGGUAAGUGGUCGCAGCCAUUCAAGUUCAAUUUUUUACGGAGGAAAAGCAGUUUACAAUCCAUUUGCAUUGCCUAGUUGGAGGAACCUCAACUUUCCCUUGCCUGAUGAGGCAGCAGAAAGUUCAAGAACCCAUAAAGGAAGCAAUAUUCUUGAUCCAAUAACUCCAUCCCAGACGGCGAUUCCUGAAUUCAAGGGUUCCUCAACAUCAUGUGGUAGCCAAACGGGAAGGCCCGGGUUUAGUGGAGUGAGGAUUGCACCAGAAGUUCAAAUAAGGUCAGUGAUUCCAGUAUGCGCGGCUCCACCAGUAAGGCUGAGGUCCUCCACAUCAACGAAAGAGGGUGCUUCUGCUUCACCACCAUCAACUUCAAGUCCAUCAUCAUCGUCGGUAGAGUUAGCCUCUAGUUUGAGCAAGCUAAAGUUAUGAGAAAAAGAAGAAUAAAAAGAAAAAGAAAAAGAAAAAGAAAAAUGAAAGGCACAUCAUUAGCAGUAGUAGCAGCAAUAUUGUGUUGUAAGUGGGAGUGAUUAAACCGUUGUUGUUGGUUAAAGUAGAGUGUUUUGGUGGGAGUUAUGAUGAGGAUGA